UCGAGAAUGGUCGUCGUUACCGGAGUGCAAGUGCAACCUGGGCUUCUAUUGGUCCUCGUCUCCUUGUUGUUAUCGUGCUUCGAGUGUGUGGAAAAGUCGGAAAAUUACGAUGUCACCGAGAGUAAAAACCAUCGAACGAGCCUGUACCAGGCGCUGCUGAUGCGGGCGGCCCCGAGUCGGACGAAGCACUCGACCCGGGUGGGCACCAAGACCAAGUCGACGGCGACUCGCUACGCCAGCAAGAAGGGCACCGGGACAGGGUCCGGCUCGUCAGGGUCCAGCGCCACGCGGACGGGCCAGAGUAGCGCGGCCAAGAACAAGAAGACCGUCGUCGAGAUGGCAGUCUGUCGCGGCACUGACGGCGUCUCCGGGAUCUGCUACUCCGCCGAGAAGUGCCGCGAGCUCGCCGGACUCAACACCGGCAAAUGCGCCGUCAGCGAUGGAGUCUGCUGCAAAGUCGAGAGAACGUGUCAUGGCGCCACUAAAGAAAUCAUAUCAUAUUUUGUGAAUCCAAAUUUUCCCUCAGAGAAUCGGGAGUCUUCUUUCUGUGACUUCCGAAUUGACAUCAACAAUCAAAACAUUUGUCAAAUUAGAUUAGAUUUUGAGGAGUUUUCGAUGAAAGGCCCGCACAAAAACAUAGGCGUUUGUCGGAAAGAUCGAUUCAUGGUCACUACCUCUCUACCGAAUGGAUCAGGCAUCUCUGAUCUUUGCGGGGAAAACAAAGGACAGCACUUGUACGUUCCGGUGGAUCCUUCAGUGGCCGGUUUUACUGUAUCUUUGAUGGUCAUGACUUCCGGCGGAAGUCCACACUUGUGGAAAAUCCGUAUCACGCAGAUCGACUGCAAAACUCAGGUACAACUUAUGGCUCCAAACGGGUGUCUUCAAUAUUUCACUGACCUAUCAGGAAACGUGCAAAGUUUCAAUUACGCUGGUGGACUUUAUCAAACCAAUCUAGACUAUGCAAUCUGCAUCAAACGGUCCAUCAACACUUGCAGGGUUGAGUACCAACAGGCCGAAGGAUCGAAGUUCGGCAUUAGCUCGUUCGAAGGGACGGAGCUGUCGGACGGGAUCGGGCGGGCGGGGACGGUGAGCUGCGACCUGACGACGCACGACUACCUGUUCAUCCCGGGCGGGAUGCGGGACAUCGGGGACACGGACGUGGAGCCCGUGGCGGAGGACGAGGAGGAGCAGGAAGAGGUGGACGGGCCGCACGAGGUGACCAACGAGGAGAAGUUCUGCGGCAAAGCCCUCUCCGGACUGGCCGUCAACGAGUACGCCGACAAGCUCGCCCUCGACGACGCCCUCAGCGCCCCCGAAAACAUCACCGUCCCCUCAACCGUUACCAGUUAUGCAUCCGGGCCUAUCAUUCUGCGAUUUCAUACUGAUGGCAUUUCCCAUAAAGACCAAGAAAUUGGAUUCUCAAUAAAUUACCAGCAAUUGGGGGCUGGCUGUACCAGAAAAUCAAGAAGUUAUAGAGGAAAACACAAAAGACGGAAAUAAACAAACUUCUUAUGGAGGGAAAUCUUUUUUUUAUUAUUAUUGUUACUUUUUAUCAAAAAAUAUAACUCGGAAAGUUUUCUUACCAAAAGUUGGCAGAAUUACUGAUCUUAAAUUUACAGUGCCUCUAGCUUCACUUUUGAGGAGUAUGUAUUGAACUUUUCAUCACUUUUUACAUACUACUGCUACUAAGGGAUGAUACAUGGUCAUCUAACAGUCAGGAAAUAAAUUAAUCGAUUGAAGAGACUGUCCUUCCUCUUCAAAAAGACCAUGACAGCAACAGUAUUAAAAGUUAUUCAUACAUUCUCAUCAUUUGCAAAACUUGGGAAAAUUUAAAAUCCAGAUUUGAAGAAUUAUGAAAAGUUACACUUU